UUUAACUUCAGCCAAUGGCUUCUUUGCGCGGGACUUUUGAAAAAGCGCACAACCAAUCAGCAUGCUUUUGAGGGUAUAUAAGGGUUGCCUCCGCUCCCUAUCUCCUUUUAUUCAAUUUAGUUGGUUCCCCUCACUGUCCUCCAAAUGGCUCGCACCAAGCAGACGGCGCGCAAGUCGACGGGCGGGAAGGCGCCCCGCAAGCAGCUGGCCACCAAGGCCGCCCGCAAGAGCGCGCCGGCCACGGGCGGCGUGAAGAAGCCGCACCGCUACCGGCCCGGCACCGUGGCCCUGCGCGAGAUCCGCCGCUACCAGAAGUCCACGGAGCUGCUGAUCCGCAAGCUGCCCUUCCAGCGCCUGGUGCGCGAGAUCGCGCAGGACUUCAAGACCGACCUGCGCUUCCAGAGCUCGGCCGUCAUGGCGCUGCAGGAGGCGUGCGAGGCCUACCUGGUGGGGCUGUUCGAGGACACCAACCUGUGCGCCAUCCACGCCAAGCGCGUCACCAUCAUGCCCAAGGACAUCCAGCUCGCGCGCCGCAUCCGCGGCGAGCGGGCGUGAGCUCAGUCCUACCCAUUUGCGCCGAAACCCAAAGGCUCUUUUCAGAGCCGCCUAGAAUCUCAAUGAGAAGCGCUGUGGGCCAAGGGCUGGGAUCUAACCUUAGUUCCCGCCAGCAGCUCACAGCUUGCUGUAAAUAAGCGUGAGGUCAUUAUGCAGAACGCGACUAUCGUCUCAGAAUCCACAGCUUGCGCAGGUGAGAUACUAAUUAGGUGGUAAUCUUGAACAGCCACACAAUAGGUCCUCCCUUUCCUCCCACAAAGGCCGCGGCCCGAAGCCCCUCGGGCAAUGCAGGAUUUGUGGUUUCGCGCACAUUAGCCAUGGGGGCUCCGAGCCCGGGGCGACUGGGAAACAAUGGCCUCUUCAGCCGCUAAGUAAACGCUUUGUGCUUAAAGUGGAGCCCCGGCUCCAGGCUCCAGGCCUCACCACAGAACCUGGCUUCCCCGGAACUGACUUCACCGGACUCAGGCUCUGAAGAGCUACCCAUUUAUUUAAUCUAUUUAAAGCAAUUCCGAUAUAUUUUCAUUUUGAAUCUGUCCUGAGGUUUUUGAAAUUGGUUUGGGACAUUGAGGUGAUCUGUUUUCAUAAGGGACUGGAUGCACUUGCGCAGCUUGCCUCCUGGGGGGGAAGGGGGACUGGUGGUUUCAGUUUCCUGUGAAGUUUCAGACGCCCCCCUAGGCCCCUCUGGGGCUGCUUUGUACCCCACAGUGAGCAGGUCAUGUGCCAAAGUUGUCCCAGAUCGGAGCCUUGCUGGCUAGCAGGAGGAGGAUGUAAAGGUGAGUCUCAGGUCCCAAGGGUGCUUAGCAGUGGGCUGAGUUGUUUCCCUGUGUUUGAAGACUGGAAGGGGCAGAAAUAGUAGGUGAAAUGCGGAUGGUAUGGACACACAUUGUGAAAGGUGAGGUUCUUUACCCACAAGAGGUUGGAUGCGGCGGUGCAUUUUCUGUUGGCCCCUCCUACAGCUUUGUUCCCAUGUUUGGUCAUUGAUCACUGGGAAACAUGCUACCGGGACGUCUUUGGUCUUUGCUUUUUAAAAAAAUAUUUUUAUUGAUUUCAGAGAGGAAGGGAGAGGGAGAGAGAGAAAUAGAAACAUCAAUGAUGAGAGAAUCAUUGAUCAGUUGCCUCCUGCAUGCCCCCUAUUGGGGAUCAAUCUUGAAACCAGGGCAUGUGCCCCUAACAUGAAUUGAACCUGGGACCCUGCGUUCCGCAGACCAAUGCUCUUUACACUCAGGAAAACCAGCGAGGGCUGAUCUUUGCUUUUUAAAAAUAUAUUUUUUUAUUGAUUUCAGCAAGGCAGGGAGAGGGAGAGAUAGAAACAUCAAUGAUGACAGAGAAUCAUUGAUCGUCUGCCUCCUGCACACCCCACCCCAGGGACCAAGCCCACAACCUGGGUAUGUACCCUAACCAGGAAUUGACCCGGGACCUCCUGGUUCCCAGGUGGAGGCUCUACCCCUGAGCCGCAGCGGCUGGGGCGACCUUAGCUU